UACAAAGCGGAAUAAGCACGGUAAAAGUUGAAGGUCGUAGUGGGUCACGUGUCAGGAUGGAAUCUCUAAGUUAAUGAUUUGUCAAAGUAGGGGACAACCGGAACCUCUGUCACGGCCAAGUCAUACCGAAGCAUGAAUCGUCUUUGGACGCUACACUUCCUGCUACUCUUCCUCCUUUUCCUCCCUACCGGGGAAUCAGGAUGUCUGGAUCGACCAAUAGGCCUUCAGGAUGCUGGCAUGUUUCCUAAUGUGCGAUUCACAGCGUCGUCAUACUACCAGACUACCUCUGGUAACAAACCCUAUCGCGCACGCCUUACCAGCUCACAAGCCUGGGCACCGACAAGCGAGACUGACCCCAAUGAUUAUCUUCAGGUGGAUCUUGGAUCUCUGUAUGUCAUCUGUGGAUUGGGAACAAAAGGAAACAGGCAAACCUCAAAAAAUGAGUGGACGACAGAGUACAAGAUUAACACAUCGUUAGACGGCGCCACGUGGGUUAGCUACAAAGAUAGUGGGGCUGAAAAGUUAUUUCGCGGAAAUUCCGACUCAACUACUCUCGUGACCAACACAUUGGCAAUCUCGACAAACAUGCGGUUUGUGCGUUUUAUACCAACUCUAUAUAAUCGUUUCAAGGCUCUGCGCAUCGAGCUAUUCGGCUUUCGCCAAGAUUGCACGCAGCCUUUAGGAAUGGAAAAUCAAGGAAUACUGAGCACCGCGAUGACGUCAUCUUCUGAGAUUGACGGCUCUCAUAGCGCGUCCGCUGGCCGUCUGUACGGCGGCUCAUCAUGGUGCAGCGCCACGUUGUCUAGCUCGGAGUAUCUGCAGGUGGACCUGGGGCGAGUAGUGAGGGUCACGGGCAUUGCGACACAGGGGUCCCCUGAUGAGUAUAAAUGGGCCUCUCGGUACCGUUUAUCUUACAGUAAUGACUCAAACACUUGGUCUACAGUGACAUCAGAUUUCGCUGGCAAUGUCGAUGGGAAUGGAGUUCGUGUCAAUUGGCUGUCUCCCCAAAUAAGGUCACGUUUCAUCAAAGUGCAUGCGCAGUCGUGGAAUACCGCUGUCUGCAUGCGUUUGGAGAUCCAUGGAUGUGAAAGAAAUCCCUUGAGUUGCGAUAUCCCAGUUGGUGUUGCCGACGGAACAAUACCAGAUGCGAAUUUGACCGCGUCCUCGACAAGCAACAGCAGCGCCUUAGUGUCUACAGCUAGACUUAACUAUGCCGCUGGCCCUUCGUGGUGCGCGGGCUCGGAUGAUUUCUCACCGUUCUUCGAGGUAGACCUGGGUACAAUUCACGUGAUUUGUGCUGUGGCUACCCAGGGAAGUGCAGAUAGCGAGGACUGGAUACAAAGUUACAGGCUUGCGGGUGCGCAGGAUGGCUUAACGUGGAAAAAGUACACGGAGGAUGGGAAGGUCAAGGUAUUUGAUGGUAAUUUUGACAGCAGUACAACAGUCAAGCAGUUCUUGCGUAACGCUCUCGUAGCACGUCACGUAAGGUUCAUAUUGGAAAAGCGCAAAGGGAGUGCUUGCAUGCGAGUCGAGAUUUACGGCAGGUCGACAAGCGAGUGUGCAAAAGUCGGUGUUGGGAUGCGUUUGGGCGGCAGGCUGCCGGACCAUCGACUGUACGCUACUACAGAGCAUAACGAGUACCUUAAAGCUCACGAAGGUCGCCUUUACGGCCCCUUCGGCUGGGCGACAUAUGGCAACAAUGACUUAAAUGACCAUAUAAGGAUUGAUCUUGGCGGUAUCCAUAUCAUUUGUGCCAUAGCUACACAGGGUUCCCACACGUCUGCGGAAUGGGUGACUAAGUAUAAGGUGGCCUACUCUAUUGACGGGCAGACGUGGUCAUUGUACCAGGAGAAUGGUGCUAACAAGACGUUUCUAGCAAACACAGAUCAGGACAGUGUGGUGACGAAUGUCCUUCAAUCUCCCGUUGCCGUGAAAAUGCUUCGCAUCUACCCCGUGGAGUACAGUGGAUACAAAUGCAUGCGCCUUGAGGUCUAUGGCUACAAACAAGAUUUCCACUCUUCUCUGAUGAUCGAGCGAUUCCUUGUACGGAAAGAUCCAACCUCAAUACUAUCGUCAUCAGGCUCGACCGACGUAUCCCAUGAUGCCUCAAAAGCACUCCUUUACGGAGCUUCUUCUUGGUGUGUCCCAGACCUGACAAACCAGUUUAUCCAGUUAGACCUGGGCGUCAUGACAACCAUCUCUGGAAUUGCGACUCAAGGGGGUGAUAAUAAGUGGGCCACAUUUUACCACGUGAAGUUAAAGUGUGACAACAGUUCCCGUUCAAUAACAUUAUCGGGUUUCCAAGGCAACAUGGACGCUAAUACUGUUGUGACAAGAUGGCUGUCAUCUCCGGUGGAGGCGAGAUACGUCACCGUGACGCCUACAUCAGCAAGUAGUGGCGGCGGCACUUGUCUGCGACUCGACGUGUUCGGGACAAAAGCGUUGGCCGGUACUACGUAUAUCGAGUCAGUGAUGGUAUCCAACAACCUUACGGUCCCCUCCCAGAUAUCAGCGGUAGUGACAUGCACGGUCUACGGGCCGCCGAACCUCCAAGUCGAAUGGCACCGCGGCAUUACAAAUUUGACUGAGUCCUCGAACAUGUCAAUUUAUGGCAAUGGCUUUCGGAAUUCCACGAUAACGAUCAACUUUACAAACCCAGCGGACUUUACCAUUGAUGGGUGCGUGCGCAACUAUUCGGGUGAUGGGAAGGCCUUGUGUAGCAAGCAGGUCACGUGUAUGGCUUACGCCCGCAGUGAAGUAGCCAGCGGUCCUACCUAUAAGCAGACACGUGUUUAUAUUGAGUUAGACCCCCCUCAUAAACCACAAAGUUUUAACACGACUGGAAUCACCGAUACGACGGCAGCAUUCAGUUGGGUCCAGCCAGUGAGCUCUGGUGAGCUCCCUGUGGAUUACUUCCUCAUAGAAUAUUACGUCACUGCAAAUCCCGCGGGACGCCUGAGUGAGACUGAUGGUAGCGGGUCGCGGAGUAAGGUCAUCGCAGGGCUGCUUGCUAACACCUCGUAUACAGCAGAAAUACGAGCGAUACAUAGAUUUGGACGAGGUUUUCCAUCAACUGUGAACUUUAAAACGGUUCCAACAAUCCCAUGCGAACGCCGAGGACUGGGCAUGGAAAAGAGAGCCAUCCCGGACUUGUACAUUACGUCCUCAACACAAAACGACAUAAGUACCCCUCCCUCAGAAGGUCGCCUGAACCUCCAAGGGGGGUCCUGGUGCGCAAGCCCUAGUGACGUCACACCUUUCCUUCAAGUGGACCUUGGCACACGUCACGUGAUCUGCGCGGUGGCUACUCAAGGAAGCCCAACCGCUGACCAAUGGGCUGUUAGCUACCAAUUGCAGUUUGCUGAUGAUGAAAACUUUUGGUUUUACAUGGAAGCAAACGUCGUCAGGACAUUUUCAGGAAAUGCAGACCGAUCAAGUAAAGUGAAAAACUUGUUGCUUGGCAACCCUGAGGCGACAACUGUGCGCUUCCUCCCCCGUCAGUGGCAUGGUUUAAUAGCUUGUAUGCGUGUUGAGGUUUAUGGCUCUCUUGCAUCCCCAGCCUGUGCAGACGUGCCAGUUGGUCUCGACAGUGAAAGUCUUGUGAUGGAUCAUCGUUUUACAAGCUCCUCUUCUUUGAGGGAAGCCUACAGACCAUGGAAAGCACGGAUGUCUAGUGGGACUGCCUGGGCGCCAAAUGGCAAUUCGAAUGACAACGACUAUUUGCAGGUGGAUCUUGGAAGCGUGUUUACCGUCUGUUAUGUAGAAACUAGAGGAAAUAAAGAUUCUUCUACGAGCGAGUGGACAGGGUCUUACCGUUUGGAUGUGUCCCUUGACAAUCGCGUAUGGAAAUUUGUCAAGACAUUCCAAGGGAACACAGAUCACAAUGCCCCUGUCAAGAACAAAUUACCUAUACCCAGUCCUGCGCGGUUCGUGCGGUUCCAGCCUACCAGUUUCAACAAUUACAAAGUACUUCGCGUGGAUCUGUAUGGUGUAAUACACGAGUGUCAGCAGGCUCUUGGGAUAGAGAACAAAGGCAUAAGGGACGAACAAAUGACGACAUCGUCAAAACAAGACGACUCCCAUGGCGCGUCCGCUGGUCGUCUGUACGCCGGCUCAUCUUGGUGUAGCGCCACGUCGUCCAGCUCGGAGUAUCUGCAGGUGGACCUGGGGCGAGUGGCGAAGGUCACAGGCAUAGCGACACAGGGAUCCCCUACCGAGGAUAAGUGGGUGAUGACGUAUGCAUUGUCGCAUAGCAACAACGGGGAAGAUUGGGUGGAAUAUAAGGCUGGCCAGAAUAUUCUAAAGACUUUAGCAGGUAAUUCGGACGGUUCGCGAGUGGCCGUCAACUGGCUCCAGUAUCCCUUCAUGUCACGCCAUGUGCGCGUGACCCCACAGACCUGGAGGAACGCAAUCUGCCUUCGCGUGGAUUUCUACGGCUGUGCUGUUACAUGCGACAAGCACCCAGUAGGCCUUGCCAACCUUGAAGUUCCCGACUCCAAUAUAACAGCUUCCUCAGUACUAAACAUUACCACCCCACCCUCCCAGGGGCGGCUCAACUCUCUAGGUGGGUCCUGGUGCGCAAAUACCACCGACACCGCACCAUACCUCCAAGUGGACCUUGGCACACGUCACGUGAUCUGCGCGGUGUCUACUCAAGGUAGCCCGAGCGCUGACCAGUGGGUGCAGUCGUAUGAGGUUCAUGGAUCGCUUGACGGGGUCACGUGGGUACCAUAUAAGGAGAGAGUUAGAGUUAAGGUUUUUCAAGGAAAUUUCGACAGCCAAUCUGUAGUCAAGCAGGAUUUGUCUGAAGUUCUCGUAGCGAGGUUUGUGCGCAUGCUCCCCGUGACCCAUCAUACCGCUGCGUGCCUGCGAGCAGAGAUAUACGGCGCUGCCGUGGAAGAUUGUAGCAAGGAGCCCGUUGGAGUUCAUUUCGGGGGCGAAGUUCAAGACAGCCACAUGACUGCGACAAGCCAAUAUGCCGGUAAUUACCAGGCUUGGCGGGGAAGACUCUAUAACCCUUUAUAUGCAUGGGCCGCGAGUACAAAAACGGGGGCUGGUGACUACCUUGAAGUCGAUCUAGGCGCUGUCUUCCUCUUGGCCGGCAUAGCGACCCAAGGUCAUCCAUCAGAGAACGAGUUUACGAGGUCAUACAAACUGUUGAUGUCGUUAGGCGGUCAACAGUGGGAAACUUACAAAGAGAACAAUACAAACAAGAUAUUCAAUGGAAAUACUGACAAGACGACAGUUGUCAAGAGAACGUUUUCCAUGGUAACCGCCGCACGCUAUGUUCGGGUAAACCCCAUGACCUUUCAAGGGUACAAACAAAUGCGGGUUGAGCUGUAUGGCUGCAGACAAGGCUGGCGCGUCCCUGUCGGAGUGGAGACUGGGCAGGUGUCUGAUGUGCGCAUGUCAUCGUCUUCUUACUCGAGUCCUAACCACAAUGCCUCCGCCGCGCGUCUGUACGCCUCGACCUGGUGGUGCGCGUCGUCAUCGUUACCCACAGAGUUCUUACAAGUUGACCUUGGAUUACUCGUUGAUGUCACUGGCGUUGCGUUACAGUCCGGUGACACUGCGUCACGUGUCACACAAUUCGACUUGGAGCUUGGAUGCACAAAUAGUAUUUGGCGGAUAUUGAAGGGCCUCACGGGGAACUCGGCCGCAAACACAGUGAUGACCACGUGGUUAGAUGAUCCUAUCGGCGCAAGACUGGUCCGCAUCCGGCCCACGGCCCACGAGAGUGGCGUAUGCAUGAGGAUCGAGAUAUACGUCAACAAACAAGUGCCUCCUCCACAUAUAAUCAGUUUAUCUAUGAAUGGGAACCUAACCGCCUCAGCAAACGCCACUACGCGACUAUUUUGUAAUUACACCCUGCCCCACGCUUCAGUCCGAUGGAUUCUGAACAACAAGCUUAUCCCGCAACCCGCGGGAUCGCCCGUGACUUACCCUGAUGGGUACUCCGUGAGCAAUGUGACCGUGUGGUUCACUAGCGCGGAUGAGAUUGUUGACAAGUGUGACGAAGGAGUAGGGUCAAGCAGAGAUCGCCGUUGCAGCGCCAAGGUCACGUGCCAAGUGUUUUAUAGGAAUCUGGUGACCAGAGGCGCCGUGGAGCGCAGUGUGCCGGUCUAUAUUCAGCUAAUGGUACCAUCAUCUCCAGAGAAUGUCACCGCAGUCAACGUAUUCGAUAGUUCGGCCACCAUCAAGUGGUUACAGCCUCCAGCAACCACCGCCGAGGGAGAAGUUAGACAUUUUGUGAUACAAUACAGCGCAGACUCGUCAGCGGUAUUCAAAGAUAUAGCAGGCGCAAAAUUCAGAUCACGGAUUCUGAAGGGAUUGCGGGCCAACACCACAUACUCGGUCCAGAUUCGCGCGGUCAGUAUUGUCGGUGAGGGGAACUUGGCGAAUUUUACCUUCAAGACCAAUCCUACCAUUCCUUGCCAUCGUAAAAGUGUCGGUUUAGAAACCAAGGCAAUUCCUGAUUCGUUCAUCACCGCCUCGUCACAAAAGAACUUCACCACCCCACCCUCCAGGGGACGUCUGAACCUCGUCGCGGGAGCCUGGUGCGCGUCCCCCAGUGACGUCAUACCCUACUUGCAAGUGGACCUGGGAUUGCGACACGUAAUCUGCGCGGUGGCUACUCAAGGAAGCCCCUCCGCUGACCACUGGGUUCGAAGUUUUCAGUUGCAUUUUACUUAUGACGCAAUCACCUGGCGACCCUACAUAUCACGUGAUCUUAUUAUUGUUGAGUUUAAAGGUAACACAGAUCGCUUAUCAGAAAAGUACCACAGACUCAAUGACUCGAUCGUCGCUAGAGUGGUGAGGAUCCUGGUAACUAGUUACCAGACUUCCCCCUGCAUGAGGGUCGAAUUGUUCGGGAAACCAUCAUUGCCAGGGUGUGCUGACGUGCCAGUUGGUCUCCAGAGCAGAACUCGUAUCCUGGAUCACCGAUUUACAGCCACGUCUCACUUUAGCGAUCGUUAUCUCCCAUAUUUUGGACGGUUAAGAUUUAAAAAAUGCUGGGCACCAAAAACCAACAACGGACCGGACUACCUGCAAGUCGACUUAGGUUCUCUCUAUCGUAUAUGUGGCGUGGCCACUCAGGGCAGUCCAAUUAAUGACGAGUGGACUACCAAAUAUCAGCUGAGCUUCUCACGUGACAACGUAGCCUGGUUUGACUUUUACGAAAACAGCAUCAUCAAGACAUUUGAUGGAAACACGAACCGAAACGAGAUAGUCCGUCAUCAGCUGAGCAGCGCUGUGUACGCGAGAUUUGUCCGCGUCAUCCCAACGGCUUAUAGAGGCCACAAAAUCGUGCGAAUGGAGCUUUACGGUGUCUUACAAGAAUGUAAUGAACCCCUCGGACUAGAAGACAAAGGUGUCGUUAACGAAAAGAUGACGUCAUCAUCAAAACUAAACGAUUCCUAUAGCGCGUCCGCUGGCCGCCUGUAUGGCGGCUCAUCCUGGUGUAGCGCCACAUCGUCCCAGGCGGAGUAUCUGCAGGUUGACCUGGGGCGAGUGACGAGGGUCACUGGCAUAGCGACACAGGGAUCCCCUACUGAGGAUAAAUGGGUGACGUUGUACAGUGUUGAGCAGAGCGAUGAUGGACAUUUUUUUACGGAAUACACUGCGGGGGAAUCAAGUAAGAAGGUUUUUACAGGAAAUAUCGACGGUUCUGGAGUGGUCGUGAACUGGUUGAUGUAUCCCAUGACUGCUCGCUAUUACCGAAUCAAACCGGAAGAGUGGAAUGCCGCCAUCUGUCUCAGAUUUGAUCUGUAUGGCUGCCGCGUGAGCUGUGAUCACCUCCCUCUUCGUCCAAGCGCGACAUUGUCUUCGUCGCAAAACACCAGCAUGACCCCACCCUCCCUCGGUAAACUGCACUUCCCCACUGGGUCGUGGUGCGCAGCCCCUAGUGACGUCACGCCAUACCUGCAGGUUGACUUAGGUUCACGUCACGUGAUCUGCGCGGUGGCUACUCAGGGGAGUCCUACCGCUGACCACUGGGUGCAGACUUACAAGAUACAAGCCUCCCUUGACGGAUCAUCGUGGAGAAACUAUUCUGAGAGUAAAAACGAAAUGCUUUUUGGUAACUCGGAUAGGAGUAGUGUGACCAAACACGUGUUUAUCGAGGCGAUAGAGACAAGAUAUCUGCGGCUCGUGGUGAUGAAGUCGUUAGGGCUGGCUUGUAUGAGAUUUGAGCUCUACGGAAUAGCAAGAGAAGUGUGUGAGGCAGAGGCUGUAGGGGUGCGCGCCGGUGGAGUUAUCAGAAGUGAUCACUUCACUGCAACAUCUGUGUACGAUAACUCGAUAGGCUAUGCUGCUAGUAUGGGUAGGCUCCAUGGCUCUUUGGGAUGGACGCCGGCAACAGCGACAGACAACACAGACCACCUCCAGGUCGACUUGGGCUCGGUGUACGCGCUGUGUGGCGUCGCGACACAAGGCGCCAAGGAAGAUAAUGAGUGGGUCACAAGUUACUCGAUCAAGACUUCCAUGAAUGGUCUUAAUUGGCAGCGAUACAGCGAAAAUAAUAUUGGCAAGAAUUUCACAGGAAACAGUGACCAAAACACGGUUAAGAAGCACAGCUUUGCGCACAUGACUUCGGUACGGUUUAUCCGCUUUUAUCCCGACACUUACCACACAAUGAAGCAGAUGAGAGUUGAAUUGUACGGCGUUCCACAAGGACCAUGGCGCCCACUGGGGAUUGAGAACGGUCGAAUCCCUGACGAUCAAAUGUUAGCUUCAUUUCAUACGGAUAAUAAACACAACGCCACGCAUGGGCGACUUUAUGCUGAGUCAGCAUGGUGCAACAACGCUUCUGCUAGCUCUAAUCUGGACAUCGAUCUUGGGCAGACAAGGACUGUUACCGGGGUAGCGACCCAGGGACUGGGGUCAGAACCAAGCUGGUUACCAGCAAAAUACGAGCUCUGGUUUAGCUUCACGGGAGACGAAUAUAAUCCAUACCCGGUAUCUUUUCAAGGAAACACAUUACCUUCUCGUGUUCGUGUAAACUGGUUUUUGAAGCCGAUAGGCGCCCGCUAUGUUCGUUUCCGGCCAGUUACUACUAGCAACAAAGCAUGCGUAAGACUUGAGGUGUACGGCAGUGAGGGAGUUGCGUCUCCAGAAAUCACAAAUUUAACACUCAGCGGUAACCUAACUACUACCGCGGGCUCAAGAGCUGUUGUCACGUGUACGGCGCGUGGGGAACCAUUGAUUGCGAUCCAAUGGUUCAUAUUUGAUAAAGUAUUCGAAGGGAAUGACAGCAACACCAAGGGGACCAUGGCGUCAUCGCGAAUGAUUCGCUACACCAGCGCUGAACAAGUGCAUAAUAGCUACGAAUGCGCAAACACGGGGAUGAGAUCGCGACGCAUGCGCUGUCAUGCCUUGGUCACGUGCAAUGCGUAUUAUAAGAUUCCCAUAAGCGCUGGUGCAGAUCGAAGAAAUACCGUUGUUUUUAUUGAUUUAAAUCUCCCGUCAGUACCUACCGAACUUAACGUGACGUACACGCGCUCCACGUCCUUAAACAUGACCUGGGCCGCGCCUGAGCCUGGUGACGGGUCUAUCCGUAAUUACACCGUGCGCUAUAGCGUGGCGGAUAAUACUAGUCACGUGACUGUGGCGCACAUACCGAGAGCCUCGAAACAGACCGCGCAGUUGACACGACUUAAAGUGUUUGCUCGUUACACAAUCAGCGUACAAGCCUUAAGUUCUAUUGGACCGGGAUGGUGGAGUAACGAGCUGAAUAUCCGCACAUAUCUGCCAGCGAGUGUCUCUGUCCUAAAGCAGCGCUACAUUCUUCGACUCGGACUCACCGGAGUCAGAUUACGGUGCAAUGGCCAGGGGUUCCCUCUGCCUAAGAUGAGCUGGUCAAAGGAUGGUUCCGCUGUUGCCCCUGACAGAUAUCAGAAUACCGAAGUUUCAGAGACCAAUAUCAGCAGUGUGUUUGAAUUAUCAUCUGGCACUACAUACGCGGACGCUGGUAACUACACUUGUCACGCAGUGAACAAUGUCGAUGAUAAAGGGGCAGUCAGCGCGGUCAUACAAGUGCUGUUCGAACCAGAGUUUACCCGUCAUCCAAGAAGCCAAACAAUCAAACAGGGAAAUCAUGUGGCGUUUGGCUGCGCUGCAUCCGGGAGACCGCAGCCUCGAAUCACGUGGUUAUACAAUGGCAGCGAUGCUCUACCACAGGGCUCCCACCAGCUGUCUAAUGGCAGUCUGAAUGUCGCUGCUGUGUAUAAUAACGGGUCGUAUGAAGGACUGUACACGUGUUUGGCGAGCAGUGAGGCAGGCAUGGCGCAGUCAAACGCUUCUCUCAUAGUAGAUGUGCCUCCUUCCGUUCUCUCCUUACGCGGGAAUUCGACUGUCAUCCUCGAGCAAACGAUAAACUUGACGUGUUUGGUCAGAGGUGACCCCACUCCAGCAGUCUAUUGGAAGAAAGACGGGCAAAUAAUCACAACAGCCACCCUGUCCGAGAAUAAUCGGACGCUAACAACACAGGCAUUCCGAGUUGCCGAUGAAGGCCGUUACGCGUGUUUCGCGACCAAUAGAGCUGGGAAUGACUCCAAGUCCAUUCUGAUAACAGUCACAGAGUGUCAGCAGGCUCUUGGGAUAGAGAACAAAGGCAUAAGGGACGAACAAAUGACGACAUCGUCAAAACAAGACGACUCCCAUGGCGCGUCCGCUGGUCGUCUGUACGCCGGCUCAUCUUGGUGUAGCGCCACGUCGUCCAGCUCGGAGUAUCUGCAGGUGGACCUGGGGCGAGUGACGAAGAUCACGGGCAUAGCGACACAGGGAUCCCCUACCGAGGAUAAGUGGGUGAUGACGUAUGCAUUGUCGCAUAGCAACAACGGGGAAGAUUGGGUGGAAUAUAAGGCUGGCCAGAAGAUUCUAAAGACUUUAGUAGGUAAUUCGGACGGUUCGCGAGUGGCCGUCAACUGGCUCCAGUAUCCCUUCAUGUCACGCCAUGUGCGCGUGACCCCACAGACCUGGAGGAACGCAAUCUGCCUUCGCGUGGAUUUCUACGGCUGUGCAGAGACCACAGCCUCCAACCUCUCGUGUUUGAUAGCCCUCGGGGCUCGAUCCUGAAAAGCCAGCCCAUGGACGUGUCUCUCCACGUUUGUCACACUACGACGCUGCUACGGUCUGAGAUCGUGCAUCCUGAUAGGGAGAAUAAAAUGCUGACCAAGGACCUCUUGUAGGUAAGGUAAGGUAACGGAGCUCUUUGUCCACCCCCCUCCACUACAAGCCGUGUCCCAACAGAUGUACCAUGAUACAGACAGAGGUGAGUGAAAACAGGGAACUUACACACAAGGGCGAAGGUAAGGUAACGGAGCUCUUUGUCCACCCCCUCCACUACAAGCCGUGUCCCAACAGAUUUACCAUGAUACAGACAGAGGUGAGUGAAAACAGGGAACUUACACACAAGGGCGAAGGUAAGGUAACGGGGAUCUUUAUCCACCCCCUCCACUACAAGCCGUGUCCAAACAGAUGUACCAUGAUACAGACAGAGGUGAGUGAAAACAGGGAACUUACACACAAGGGCGAAGGUAAGGUAACGGGGAUCUUUGUCCACCCCCUCCACUACAAGCCGUGAAAAGAGAAGUUGAAUGGCCCGAAUGACUAGGGCCCAAGAUUUCAUCCGAAUGUCUCUUCGUACUGCCAUGGUUUAUUCUACUUGCAAUUCGCCACCAAAAUUAAUUCCCAUGCCAAAGCCCUUCUUUCCCCGAAUGUUGAUCUCUGCUAAUGGCUUUUUUUGGACUAAAAUACACCGGAAUUAUAUGUUCUACCUUAACAAGGUGGCUUGUUUGGGAGAGAUGAUACUCUAUCGUGAUCCGGUUCAAGCUAAACGUCCUUAUUCUUCACCACAGGACCAGUACGCUUUUGUACACUUUGCCGUAUUCGAGGCGCUCACAUGUGGGAACACAUAAUUCGAGGCAGGGAACCUACAAAUUGCCAUGCGCAAACGAGCGGCUGUCAAGCCUACACAGAAUCUGUCAGGAUAUGCUCUGGAAUAUCAGCGUCUGUUGGCGGUUAGCUCUCAAAUCGAGGAUGAAAACAGCAAAGUCGGUCGCGCCGACUACAACAUAAAAAAGAACAGAUAUCCCUCUGUCAUCCCAUUCGUGUCGUUCUAUCAGUUGACGGGGGAGACUACAUUAACGCCUCAUUUGCAGAUGCAUUUAGAAAGCGCAACGCGUUCAUCCUGACCCAGGCCCCUCUCGGACACACAAUGGCCGAGUUCUGGCACAUGAUUUGCCAGUACAAGAUCGGCACCAUCGUCAUGCUGAACAACUUGCAGGAAGAUACUCUGACGUAUCCCCAGUACUGGCCUUCAGAAGGAAGCUAGACUUACGAUCACCUGAAUGUUCGCCUAAUGUCACGUGAGAAGCAAGGCAAGCUCAUCUCCCGAAAGCUGGCCAUCGGUCAGAAGGGCGUUGAAGGUGAACACGAGGUCGUCCACGUACAACAUAUCGAGUGGCCAGACAAGUGCGCACCUGUCAAUCACCAGAGUGUACUCGACCUGGUGAGCUGGGUAAAACUGUCCCAGCAGCAAUGCGGUGACAAAGCCAUUGUUGUACAGUGCAGUAAUGGCGUAGGCCGUAGCGGCCUGUUCUGUGCGAUCUACUCGUUGCUGGAGCGCAUUAAAGCGGAGCAAGUUGUUGACGUCUUCCAGACAGUCUAGGUCCUUCGGCUGGGAAGGCCUGGGGUGGUGGAGACAUUGACUCAGUACAUCUACUGCUACCAGAUGGUCCAGCGAUACCUUGACUCGUUCAGUGAUUACGCAAACUUUAGCGAGGUUUAAAAAAGACUCACACAUCACGCCAGAUAUAGAGAAAGAAGAAAGUGCUACAAACAAAGAGAACUAUAUUUCAUAGCAGAAACAUUUUGCAUAUUAAAUUAGAGUUUAUAUAGAUUUUAUAUAAUCUUCUGAUAAAGAAACAUUUUUUUA